CGGCACCUGUAGGCUCAGUGCCGCCGGGGCAACAGAGGCGCCAUGGCCAAACCCAAGCUCAUGGAGGUCCACGACGAGGAGGGGGAGGGACAGGCCUCGCCGGACCAGGCCUCGCCGUCGAACGCAGACACGACGGUCCAGGUCGAGAACACCGAGGCCGUCGCCGCCCCCCACCCGGAGCAUCCGGAGCAAGAGGACCCCCCGCCGGCCUACUGCCACGUCUUCCCCGAGGGGACGAUCCCUGCCUCGCCAGUCUCCACCCUCAACGGCCUCUUCGGGCCCCACCUCACGCUGACGCCGGGUGCUCUCCCCGCCGUGUUGUCGUCGGCACGCUGUUCGCCGCCAAGGUCCCUGUCCCUGUCUCAGCCGGGGCCCCCCACCGGCCGCGGCCAGCUCUCCAGGCCACAUUCCUCGGUGUUCGUCGUGGCGCCCUCGUCGGCUCCAGUGACACCCGUGUCCCAUUACCCGGGCUUUGCUGUGGCCAGCAACUCGGCCCCUCAGACGCCCGAGUCCAUGUCGGCCCCCUUCACCUCCACGAUGACGCCGAUGGCCUACUUCCCGGGCUUUGCCGUGGCGCAGCAGUCGCCAACGGACUGUUCCUCGUCGUCGUCUCUGCUCUCGUCUACCUCGGAGGCCCAGGUGUUCGUCGUGCCCUCGUCGCUGCUCUCCUCCUUCCCGCACGCCCUGUUUCAGGCUGCAUCGGCGGCACCCCCCGCUGCUCAGGCGCCGGCCCCCGAGGCCCACCCCCGAGCCCACCCCUCACCCGAUGAAGUGGGCGGUUCCCAGGAGCCUGAGCAGUGCGCCCCAGCCGGCGAGGACUGCGGCGCCUCCGACUGCACGCGCAGUACCGAUGGCGAGUCGACGCGAGAGUUCGACCCAUCCGGGGCGAGGGCGGGGGCGACCGGAGGCGACGAACCGUUGGCCGGAGCGGGCGACGGGGGCUCCGCGGCUCCUGAACGGCGGGCUUCAACCCCGUCAUCCGAACCCGAACCCUACCCGAGCAGCGCAGCGUCCACAACGUACGCCACGGCACAGGCAAGGGCAGCGAGGACGCCCACACCUGGUCACAUGCAGAUAUAUCCAGUCAGCAAAAAAAUUGUGAGGUCAUAUACCAUGUACAGCACGCUAAACACAUGGCAAAGAAGAGUGCUGGUCAUCUCAAUCGUCUGGGGAAUACUCAUCUUCGUUAGUGGCGCAUUAGGAAUUUACUUCAUCGCUUUCCAACCAAGAAUUUGAAAUUUUUACUGGGAUGGAGGGGAUCUCACCUCAUCUGGCCGUGCAGCUUCACUCCAACGGCUGAGCUCAAAGAGAACAGGAGAACCCGCAUGUAUCUAUUAACUACUGCAGUUACCAAUCACUUAUGGCUGUGUCUCAAACGAGGGAUAUUUCCCAAAUCUGUACUGAAUGAUAUACAGCGAGCAUCUUCACGCAUUUGCCACACGACUUUCGGUGUGUGCCGCAGUCUUGCCAGAUAAAAUAGACGAACAUUUUCCACGAAUGCACCUGCAUGUUGGGCGCAGGUGAACGAGUCUGAGUCGACGUGGUGUCUCCGCCUGUCCCUCACCUCGCCGCCGCCACCAUGUCAGUUUGUUAGGCUGUCUUCCGAAACUCGUCAACCAAAUUCAAAUUCCGCAUUGGAACUCGUAAUCUUAAGAACCAAACCCAAUUUCCCCCCAAAAUAAACAUUGCUUUAGCUCGCACCCUCCUCAGUGUGACGACUGCGAUAAGAUGCGCCCUGUAUAAAUAGACUGUUAUAUAUUUGUAUUUAAGCAUAAUAAUUAAGAAAAUAAAGUACAUUUACGAAAACAGCU